AGCAUGCAACUUGGUGAGGUGAAAAUCUGCGCUAGGACCCUGCGGGUUAGUGCGUAGUCGGGGAGGGAAUGCGCGCACUUAAGGCAGUAACCGAAUUUGAGUGUGACAGGGUGGCAGGCAAAAACCGCUAGAUUUGGGAAAUUAAGGUCGAGUCAAAGCCCGCGGUACCGUUAUUUCGCCUCACCGCCUGGAUUUAAUUUGGUCGGACCUCCGGCGAGCUCAGUCGGACUAUCUACUCUGAAACGCCGGACUUGUUGAACGUUGUGAGUUUCAGCGCGACAUAUCAUUUGCCCGUUCUGCGAAUUACAUCAAAAGCCGUGGAGAAGUACGGCCAAGUUGUGAGUGGCGCACGGGGCUCUUAUCAAAGCCACGGAGAGUAGCAGCAUUCAUGAGCUGUUCGGACUUCUUGUUGGGACAGUUAUUCGCUACGAUUUCAGAUGACAGAACGUCUUACUUUUGCGACAAUGUUCAUCUGUCAGCGGAGCACAGUUCAGUAGACGCGUUUUCUUUGGUGCAAGGGUAAGGACUCAAAGGCGAUGCGUAAAGUAUCCAGUAACUAACUGUUGACGGUGGGGGGAAUAUGCCAUGAAUAACGACAUGUGAGUCUCGACGUGGAUUAUAACUUUACAGUAACAAACUUUGUUUAAUUGACACUUCAUAUCCUGCAGCCACUCAGAGGAUCACGGAUUGCCAUUGUCAACUAGGCUUCAUCUUUCUUUUUUUUGCCCAUUUCGGUAACGUGGAGAUAAUCAAGUUUACCAAACUUUGAUAACGGCAUUUACAUUGUCUUUUCUUUGACAAUACCGCAGUUUUCCGCCCGUCUUUCUUGUCAACCUCCAAGGAGCUUCGUUAAGGAAUAAUGGGCUGAUUGGGGAAGACUCCGAGGCGAGAAUGAUGGGGACAAUGUCGGCGACCAGCUGCUUCUUUAGCAUCCCGUUAUGUGGGCGUUUGCUGGUACUAAUAUUGCUGCUUGUCUGCGUGACAGCCGCGGAGGGAAGACUCUCAGACGCCUGUCCCGGACUCCUAACCAGCGGCUGUAGCUGCACGGACGAGCGCGCAAAGGCUCAUACCACGCCGGGUGUCCGGAAAAGAGUGAGCUGUAGCAGCGACGAACUCACGGAAACUCCUGAAGCCAGUCUCCUCCCCAACCGAACCGUUACUUUGAUUUUGAGCAACAACCGCAUAAGAGUGCUGAGAAAUGGAUCUUUUGCUGGCCUCUUCGCCCUGGAGAAGCUGGACCUCAGGAACAACCUCAUCAGCACUAUCAUGCCAGGAGCCUUCCAGAGCCUCACAGCACUCAAGAAACUGGAUCUGUCCAACAACCGCAUCGGCUGCUUGACAUCAGACAUGUUCCAGGGCCUAUCCAACCUCACCAAACUGAACCUCUCAGGAAACAUCUUUUCGUCUCUGGACCCCAACGUCUUCCAGGAGCUGCCGUCUCUAAAGCUGGUCAACUUCAACUCUGAGUUCCUGACGUGUGACUGCGGCCUGCGCUGGGUGCCCUCCUUCCUACACAGCAGCAGCGUGCGGCUGGGCGAGGACACCCUGUGCGCCUAUCCCAAGAGCCUCCAGGGAAAACCACUGCGGGACAUCAAGGACAUGAGACAUCUCAGCUGUGACGGUACUCUGGAGCUCCACACGCUGUCCCUGCUGCCGUCCCUCAGGCAGGUGGUGUUCAAGGGGGACCGGCUGCCCUUCCACUGCACCGCCGCCCUGGUGGACAAGCUGACCGCCCUGCACUGGAGGCACAACGGCCAGCCCGUCAGCCACCAGCCCGAGCAAGGGGUGCACCUGGAGGCCAGCGAGACGCACGACUGCACCUUCAUCACCAGCGAACUCAUCCUGUCCAACAUGGACGUGGAUGCCAGCGGGGAGUGGGAGUGCGUGGUGUCGACGGGCCGCGGCAAUGCCUCUCAGACCGUGGAGAUCCUGGUGCUGGAGAACAGCGCUUCCUUCUGUCUGGAGAACGCCGUCAACACCAACCGAGGGGACUUCAGAUGGCCCAGAACUCUGGCUGGCAUCACCUCCUACCUGCCGUGCCACCCGCCCCGCUUCCCUUCUCUCUCGGCGGGCGAGGAGAAGAGGGCAUCGCGCCACUGUGACCGCCUGGGCCGCUGGGAGGAGGGCGACUACAGCCAGUGUCACUACACCAACGACAUCACCAGGCUGCUCUACGACGUCCUGCUGAAGCCCAUCAGUCCCUCCAACCUGUCAGAGGAGCUGGUGCGGAUGGGCAGUAACCUGAUGGAGGUGGAGGGCCAGCUGCUGUGGCGAGCCCAGAGGGAGGAGAGGGCCUGCAGCUCCAUCGUACACGCCCUGGAGACGCUGGCCUGGCCACAGCUCCACGCCGGCAACCAGGACCUCACGCUGGCCUCGUCCAACAUCGUGAUGCUGGCGCACCUCAUUCGCCCCGCCCACUUCACGGGCAUGAGCUGCACGGCCUAUCAGAAGCGAGAACCGUUAGGGCUCAACAGCAACAACCAGGAGGUUCCAGAAAUGCCCCACGAGCAACAGCUUCGCUUCCGAUGCACAACAGGCGCCCACAACACUUCUCUGGACAAUUUUCCCCUGAAGAACUCCCUGGCCUUGGCCUCCGUCUCCCUGCCCGCCUCCCUCUUUCCUCCGGACGCCCCUGCCGACUGUAAACUGCAGUUUGUGGCGUUCCGAAACGGAAGCCUCUUCCCCUUUUUGGGAAACGCCAGCGGCAGCUCGGUGGACGUUUCCCGUCGUCGCAGUGUCAACACGCCAGUCAUCUUUGUCGGCCUGGACGCCUGCAACAUGUGGAACCAUUCGGACCCCAUCACCGUGUCCCUGCGCCACUUGUCCGCGGGCAACAACCCCAUCGCGGCCCACUGGAGCCUGGACAAGCCAUCCGCAGCAGGAGGCUGGAGCCAAGAUGGAUGCCGCCUGGUGCACUCCGACGCCAGCACCUCCACCCUUCACUGCUCACGCCUCAGCAACUACGCUGUGCUGCAGGAUGUUCCUGACUUCCCGGGCGUGUCUCUUCUCCCGGUGGACGUGCUUCAUCCUGUGGUGUACGCCUGCACCGCCCUCCUACUCCUCUGCCUCUUCACCAUCGUCAUCACAUACAUACUCCACCACAGCUCUGUGCGCGUCUCCAGGAAGAGCUGGCACACCAUCCUCAAUACCUGUUUCCACAUCGCUAUGACGACGGCGGUGUUUGCAGGAGGCAUCACCCUGACCAGCUACCCCGCCGUUUGCCAAGCGGUGGGCAUUGCUCUGCACUACGCCUCCUUGUCCACGCUGCUGUGGAUGGGGGUGAGCGCGCGGGUCAUCUACAAAGAGGCUGUGCUGCGAUUGCCACGGCAACCGGAGGGAGAGGUGCCGGCCGUGCCCACACAGAGGCCCAUGCUCAGGUUUUAUUUAAUAGCUGACGGCGUCCCCGGCAUCAUCUGUGGCAUAACAGCAGCAGUCAACAUGAACAACUACGGAGAAAACAUCCCUUACUGCUGGCUGGUGUGGCGUCCCAGCCUGGGCGCCUUCUUCGUCCCCGCCGGCCUGGUCGUGGUGGUGACCUGGAUCUACUUCCUAUGCGCCAUCUUCCGUCUCCGACGCCGCAACACCGAGAGCACCAAGGAGCUGCUGAGCGGCAGUGGCGGCGGCGGUACCGGUUGCGGCACCAACACCAUCACCACCUCCUCCGUCUCCUCCCCGCUCCCCGAGACCCAGCCGGCACUCAGCGGCAGCAUGAGCCUGCUGUCCACAGACUCGGCCCAGGGCAGCGGAACCGGAGCCAUGCACGGCGGCCUCCCUCCGGUGGUGGAGGACCAGUACUCCCUGAAGGUCCAGUUCCUGGCGCUGGUGACGGCGCACUUCCUGUUCCUGGCGCUGUGGUGCUGCGGGGCCAUGGCGGUGUGGCAGCCGGUGGCGGGCGGCGGCGGCGGCCGGCACGAGAGCCUGCUGUUCAGCUGCCUGUACGGGGUGGCGGCGGCCGCGCUGGGGCUGUUCCUGGCCGCGCACCACUGCCUGCGGAGGCUGGACGUGCAGGCGGCGUGGCUGCGCUGCUGCUGCCCGCGCUACCGCAGCUCCCGGCCCAUGCAGGCCGCCUACUCCUGCUCCUCCUCCGCUAAUGCGGUCGCCGCCGGCGUGGGCAACGCCUCCUCGGAGCGCGGCUCGCAGCUGUACGUGGGGUGCGCGCCGCCCAGCGAGGCCAACAACUGCUCCUCGGCCAGGUCUUCGUCGACGCCGAGCGGCACCAGCAGCAGCGCCGGGCACGCGCCCGUUCCCGUUCCCGUCGGAGCCGGUGGUCCGUGCAAGCUCACCAACCUGCUGCAGGUGGCGCAGGAGAACGCCAACAACGCGGCGGCACGGGCGUCGUCCACCACCGCGAUGGUGACCAACAACAACACACACACCAACACCAACACCAACACCAGCACGAGCACGGAGAACAACGGCAAGCCCAAGAACAAUGUGCUGCCCCUCAUCGGCUCCGUAGCGCCCGUACAGCAGCAGCAGCCUCAGAGGAGGAAGGCCAGCAGCAGGACUAAGACAAGUGGGGGGGGGCAGUACCACCACCGCGGGGAGGGCCGGGGCCACUACCGCCUCAAGGCCCUGAGAGGGGCCGGCGGAGGGGGCAGCGUUGGCGCCCUGGGCCCCCCGGGUGUUGUAGGUGGGGGUGGGGGUGGUGGGGUGGAGCAUCUCGGCUUGUCCCAGAUGGGGGGCGGCCACCACCACCAACACCACCACCACCACCACCACCACAAGCACGCGUCCAGCGAGAACGGCAGCCUGCGCAACCACAACAGUCACUCUGAGAGCCAGACGGGCGGCCCGCUGACCAACGGGCGAGGUGGGCACGGGGGCGGGGGCACGGGGGGGUGUGACGCGCUGGCUACCAGCCCCUCGGAGGGCAGCGACGGGGGCAGCAGCGGCUGCCGGAAGCCCUUCCCCCUCCUGCCCUCCAUGGCCAGCCGUGUGGCCAUGCAGCACGGUAAUGGCGGAGGUGGCGCUGCCCAGAGGCGCUGUGCCAGCCGGGACAACCUCAAACUGGCUGCGGCCGCCGAGCGUGAAGCCAAGCGCAGCUCCUUCCCGCUCAACAACAACAACACUGCCGCUACCGCCGGUGGUGGGGUUCCCAUGGGAACGGUUGCCGGGACAGCUACUGCCACGGCUACGGCUAAUGCGGCGGCGGCUAGUGCCACGUCGUCGUCGAUGGUGAACAGUAACGCCAACGUGAACGCUGCUCCCAACGGGACGCUGAAGCGCUCCACGCUACGGCUGGAGCCGGACACCAGUGGCACGGACCACUCCCAGAGCUCCGUGGGCAUGCGCAGCGGCGUCUGGAAGAGCGAGACCACCGUUUGAUUUGAACGAUUGGCUAAGACUUGAACUCCUAGGGCCUAUACUAAGAAGCAGGUUCAGGAGUACACCAGGUUAAGUUAAGAGGUAAAUCUUAAGAAAAUGAGGACUCCAGGCUCUUCUAUUAGAUGAUUUAACCUCUUAACUUAACCUGGUUUACUCCUGGAGUCAACAUGGUCAAAACAACAGCAGCCACAAAAAGCAAGAAAUUCAGUGUGAACUGAAUUUAGCCAGCACUUGGUAUACAUCUGUACUUACAUAACAAACUUGAGAAUUGAGGCAAAGGUUAAAGAACUGUAGAAAGUAUGUGGUUGAAGAAUAUUUUGUUUCAGUCAACACAGUCUCUGCAUCCCGCCCUGCCAAUUAGUUUUAUUGCAGCUGGAGAUCACACAACGCCACAUGUCAGUGUUAUGUUUGAUGUUUUGCUUGGAAAAUGUGCAAAAGUAUACAUUUGUUUGUUUAUAUCAAGGUAUUCCACCAUAGGUAUACAGUGUUAAGAAGUAAAAGAAAGCUAAAUAAUUUGUUGAAAAGAAGCAAUUGUACCCUUGACUGUAUAUCUGUAAGCUUAGAAGCUUAGAUGUUUUUAUUUUUUGCUUGAGUCUAUGCAUAAGAAACCUGCCAGCAUGGAAAUGGAAUUCAUGAAAGCCCAUUUUGCUAUAAGCAUCUCCUCUGUGAAGGACAUUUUGUUGUGUGUGUGUGUGUGUGUGUGUGUGUGUGUGUGUGUGUGUGUGUGUGUGUGUGUGUGUGUGUGUGUGUGUGUGUGUGUGUGUGUGUGUGUGUGUGUGUGAGUGUUUGUAUGUGAGCAUGUGUGUGUGCUCGUAUAUACAGUAUGUGUGUGUGUGUGUGUGUGUGUGUGUGUGUGUGUGUGUGUGUGUGUGUGUGUGUGUGUGUGUGCGCGUGCGUGCGUGCAUGCGUGUGUGUGUGUGUGCGUGCGUGCGUGCGCAUGUGAGAGUUAGAGAAAACACCCAGUGUACAUAUUCUUCUUAACCAUUUUAAGUAUUAAGAUGAAGUCCGUCCUUUACCCAGCACUGAAAAUAGCUUUUUUUGCCUAUUUGCAAACAACCCCAAGCUAUAAGCAAAUGGAUCCCUUCGUAUUUAGUGCAGUGUGAAUGGGCCUCCACCCACCCUGCAAUACAGUACUCUGGUGAACGAAUUUGUGGCAUUGUGAACUUUGUAAAGCAGGAAGGGGCUGUCUGUGCUCCUCGAUGGUUCCAUUUUGCCGGGAAUGUCCGGUUAACUUCUCACCCGCAUUCAUAGGUCGCUACUGCCACCCACUGGACACAACCCGUCACUGACCCUGCACUGAUGCACCACCAGUAGAGAAGUCUUCACAUUUUUGUUGUUGUUGUGGCUUUGUGACUUCUUUUCACAGACAAGGGACCUAUACUAGAAAGCUGGUUUAGGAGUAAACCAGGUUAAGUUAAGAGGUAAAUCAUCUUUAGAAGAGUCUGGAGUCAUGAGGACUUCAGGGUCUUCUAUUAGAUGAUUUACCUCUUAACUUAACCUGGGUUAGUCCUGAAACUGCUUUGUAGUAUGGGGCCAAGGUGUCUUGGUAUGUUUGAAGCACCAGUCAGUCAUAUCCACAAACCCAUUUACUGUAAUGAAGACAUAAUAAUGUCAUUUCAUAAGAGUAAUACUGUUACUAUCAACACAUUUUUUCUGAGAUAACAUACAACACUGGUCUCUCUGUGGUUGAGGCAUUAUCUAACCAGUGUUGUUUCGAUCCGUUAUUCAAUGUGGCGAUUGUGUGCUCUCAAUGAAUCUUUACACUGCAGUCAGUGCUGAGGACAGCUUUGGCCGGGCCCCGGACGAAGUGAUCGGAAAGGGCCCCCUUCAAUUCAAGGACACAGUUCUGGGGCCCCCUCGCUCCCUUGGCCCGGGACAACUUACCUCUUUGUCACCCCGUGUCUUCUUCCUUGACUUUCGUUAUGAUUCUAUCACAGAACUGCCACUCAUUGUCUAACUGUUGUUGGUUUUUCCCACAUUGUUUACGUGCCGUAACAUCCAUGUUGUUUUCCCCAAUCAUGACCAGCAGGCCCUUGUAGAUAUGAACCGGAGAGGACGUGCUGAACAGUUUGCAACAGGAACCCCAUGCUACAGUGUUACCAGAACAGUGUUUUCCAGUAGUAAAUUCUGCAGUGUUCAUUUGGACUUAAAUGAACUCUUUAAGUGUUGAAUUAACACCACAACAUUUACUGUGUACGUUCAGGGACAUUCUCGUGCCAAAGAAUGGUUUCAGUCGCAAAAAGACAACCUCAAAGCCACAGGAUUUUGAUGGUUUCUGUGCCAUAUUGUGUGUGUCAGUCCUGUAAAAGUAUUAGUUUCUGCUACUAUUACAUUUUCCUGGAUAUUUUUCCACAAUGUGAUGUAGUAGUACAUGUAUGUGCCAUAGACUUUUUGAGUGUGCGGUGUCAGUCGGCUUUCCAAUGUCAGAGAUCUUAGAACUAUAAGCUUUGAUAAACAUGCAUACAUCACCCACCAGGCAGUUUUUUUCCCCUCUGUGUAUUUCAUGGAUUGCAAUGUGUUUGUGGUUUUGGGACUUGUAAAUGUUAUCAGAUCAGUGACAUACCAGCCAGUGUUUGUGAACUGAAACCUGAAUUUCAUUGUCGGUUGUCAUGUUAAGGUUUUUGUAAGAUUUUCACACACAAAAAAAAACCCAAAUGUCCAAAUUCAUCUCAGAGUGAAAAGGGAGAAAUCAAAUUUUUACCAGUAUUUAUAUUUGUUGUAUCUGUCAUGGCAUCAGUUUUAAAUAAUAGGAAAUUAAUUAUUGUUUAUUAUUCAAUAAUAUAUUUGUUCUAGACCCACAAACAGUGCCUUAUCAAAUCUGAUGCAAAAUAAAGACUUACAAAAAUGUU